AUGCUCCCGCGACUCCAAAAAACCCUCGCCCACCUCUCCCCGCCCAACGAAGGAAGAAAACUACCAUCCUUCGACGAGCUCCCCAAGUUCCACGACAUGCCCGGGUGCGCGUGGGACGUCUGGGGCGCGGGCGACCAGCUCGGUACCGUCAAUCUGCUCACGGACGACGUCGUGCGGAGGGCGGCGGCGGAGGAAAUCAGGACGGGCGAGAGUGUCGCGUUGAAUUGGCCGUUGAACUUCCCGGACAAGCCCAUGUUCAACCGCCGUGCGCCGGAGGUCAAGUCGUUCUAUACUGGACACGGCGUCCGGGACGAGGAAAUCCAUAUCAACACACAAUCAGGAACGCAAUGGGACUGCUUCAAGCACUUUCCCGUGCUCAAGCACGAGACCAUCUACGGCGGCCACAAAGUCGACUCACUGCCCACCGGCCACAUCGCAUUCCCCGACCCGACGAACGUCGAUCCCGAGCUCAUCAAGAUGGGCGUGCACAAUUGGGCCCAACACGGCAUCUGCGGCCGCGGCGUCCUGCUCGAUCUCGUCUCGUUCUACACCAGCACCGGGCGCGCGCUGCCGUACGAUCCGUGGACCACGCACGGCAUCUCUGUGCGCGAGCUGGAGAGCUGUGCGCGCUCCCAAAACGUCACUUUCCGAACGGGCGAUAUCCUCAUUCUGCGCGUGGGGUUCAUGCAGAAGUAUAAUGCCGAGAGCAAUGAGGCGCGCGCGGCGCUUUCGACAAGGCCCGAGACGUUCGCCGGGAUCGAGCAGAGCGAAGAUAUGAAACGCUUCUUGUGGGACAACCACUUCGCUGCCAUAGCAUCCGAUCAGCCGGCGCUUGAGGCGUGGCCGUCUGCUGGGGAGUUCAUGCAUGAGACCAUCCUCUCAUUAUGGGGAAUGCCGCUCGGCGAGUUCUUCGAUGUAGAGAAGUUAUCGGAAGUAUGCAAACGUACGGGCCGCUAUACGUUCUUCUUCUCGUCGUGGCCUCUGAACGUUUUGGGAGGUGUCGCGAGUCCACCGAAUGCGGCGGCGUACUUCUGA